AUGGUGGUUGGCGGUGUUCCCAGUGGUGACACUGGGAUGCCAGAAGAAUGCUUUCAGUUUGAAUGUCUCCUGCCAUCCAUACAGUUUGGUGGAGAAGGAAUAAUGGUCUGGAGAUGUUUUCCAUGGUUUGGCCUGGACGUCUUAUUUCCAGUAAAAAUCAAUCUAAAUGCUGCAGAAAACAAUGACAUUUUAGUUUUGCUGUUUGUGGGUGCAUUUGCACAAGUUGGAGCAGGCACUGUGUUAGCAUCGAAUGCGUUUAGCCAAUUGUCUAAUACACUAUUAUAUGGAAUUCCAUUCUGGGCCCCGGUGUGUUAUAUCAUUACUGGAUCUCUAUUACUCUCGGCCUAUGUAGAUCCUACCCCCCGCAGGGUCAGGCUGUCACUUUUCUUUGACAUAAUAACAACAAUUUUCAGCAUUGUUGGAUUGGUAUUCAACGUCAAGGAUCUUGAAAAACUUCAGAGCGAUCCAUUUGCUGACUCUCAGGGAAGUGUAUAUAACAUCCACUAUGUUCUUAUCUGUACCAACGUGGUGAUUUUGUGUUUUGCCGUUUUCGCUACUACCUUUGGAUUCUAUGUUCUGUGCUGUGUCAGAAGAGAAGAACCCCAGUUAUCUGUCAUUGAGAACACUUUUGUAACGUCAAUGCUUCCUCCAGAUUUCCCGGAAACGCCACCAUUUCCACCACCGCCACCUUAUACAUCCCAAGGAGCAUUUAAAGGGAGCACGACAAUCUAGCCUAAGACUGUAUCAACAAACAUCAGUUUUCUUAAUAACAAUGCAGACCCCUGAUGAAGUCCAUUGGACGAAACGCGUUGGUUACUCACAGUUUUGAGAUCAUCAAACAUCCAUUGAUUUGCUUUGGAGAUGUCACUGGAUUAAGAAAUACCACAUCAACCACACUACUCAUGUUUAGAGUUUUAUGUUUUUAAUAUUGAUGAAUUGUUCUUAAGCAAAAUACACAGCAAUUGUACAAACU